AUGGUGAUUUACCCGAAAUGCCAAUUCUCCUGGACUCAGAUACAGAUCAAUGUAACAGCGACAACGAUCUGUCUGGCAUGGCUCAAGAAAUUCUCCCUCAGCCAACUACCGGAAUCAAGACUGAGCGUAUUGAUGAUCAGCCUGUUGCUGACGAGUCCCUUGGCAAUGGUCCUACAGGAGGAAUAUCGACAGCUCGCGGUCUUAGACCUUGAGGAUCAAGAGGAGGAGGAUACAGAUGAUGAUAUGAAUGAUGAAGAGGAGGAUCUCGUCGAGGAAGAUCGUGUCAGAGGUUUAAUUAGUGAGGGUGAGGAUAAUGAUGAACGAUCCGACGAUGAUGAUGAAGAAGAACCACCUUCACUUUGA